UAAAUAAUUCUUUGACAGCUUCAAGAGUGAAGACGUAGAGGGCUCGGGGAUCCGUUAAAUGUUUUGAUUGUGAAAAGAAAAGGACUUUUUUGGGUUCAAGUUCAAAUGCCUACCAAAAAUAAAAUAUCUUCUAAGUCGUAGUAUUAAGCCUCUGCCGAGCACUAGAGCCACACCGACAACAAUAGGAACAGGCGACAGUUGAAUAGAAGAUGGAGAAGAGCGUCUGAAACCCUAAAAAAAGACCAGAAACCAGGUUGAAUGCAUGGCCUCAUCUCUGCUCUGCUCUUCCACUUCAUCACUCUCUCCCGCUACUCUCUUCAAGACUCACCCUCUCUUCCCUCUCCGACACCGCUUCAGAUGUAAUGUGGUCGAGCCGUUGAAGUUCGACAAUGGAAAGCCUUUCUUUCCUCUCCUCACCACAGACCCUGCAUUGCCCACCUUUUUGUCUUCAAAUUCCCAUUUGGAAAGCUCUAUCAACAAAAACGACACAAGGCUCCGUAUAUUUUCUGGCACUGCUAACGCUGCUCUAGCUCAGGAAAUCGCGUGCUAUAUGGGUCUGGAGCUUGGGAAAAUCAAGAUAAAGCGUUUUGCUGAUGGUGAGAUUUAUGUUCAGUUGCAAGAGAGUGUAAGAGGGUGUGACGUGUACCUGGUGCAACCCACUUGUCCUCCUGCCAAUGAGAAUCUUAUGGAGCUUCUCAUUAUGGUUGAUGCUUGUCGAAGGGCUUCUGCUAAGAAUAUUACUGCUGUCAUUCCCUAUUUUGGCUAUGCCAGGGCUGAUAGAAAGACCCAAGGGCGUGAAUCUAUUGCUGCCAAACUCGUAGCAAAUUUGAUUACUGAAGCUGGUGCAAACCGUGUUCUUGCUUGUGAUCUUCAUUCUGGGCAAUCCAUGGGUUACUUUGAUAUCCCUGUGGAUCAUGUUUAUGGUCAGCCUGUGAUUCUUGAUUAUCUUGCUAGCAAGACAAUAUGUUCCGAUGAUUUGGUGGUAGUCUCACCAGAUGUUGGUGGUGUUGCCAGAGCUCGUGCUUUUGCCAAAAAAUUAUCUGAUGCACCUCUUGCAAUUGUUGAUAAAAGGCGCCAUGGGCAUAAUGUUGCAGAGGUGAUGAAUUUAAUUGGUGAUGUGAAAGGAAAGGUAGCAGUUAUGGUGGAUGACAUGAUUGACACGGCUGGGACUAUUGCUAAAGGUGCAGCUCUAUUGCAUCAAGAAGGGGCACGGGAAGUGUAUGCAUGCAGUACGCAUGCCGUCUUUAGUCCUCCAGCAAUAGAGAGGUUGUCAAGUGGUCUUUUCCAAGAAGUAAUCAUAACAAACACCAUACCAGUGUCUGAGCAGAACUAUUUUCCUCAGUUGACAGUUCUCUCUGUGGCAAACCUUCUGGGAGAGACGAUAUGGCGUGUUCAUGAUGACUGCUCUGGAGGGUUCGAACCCUAUUCAACAUUGGGCAUUGAUUGAUUUCUCAACUUGAUGAGAGUUGCCUGGGAAUCAUUGUGUUGUGUAUCUGGUGCAGAGGGGUAGUCUCUUUUGAUCCACACUUGGUCAUUUGGAGCAAGGAGUGUGUUUUUUCCAUUUCAUUUUGUGGGAUCUCAUGAUUCUUAUUUCCUUUUCCUUGUUAUGUUUUUGUAAAUAGUUCAAUUUGGUUUAAAAAAGGGGGUAAUAAAAAUGAUUGACUUUUAUAACGUUAAUAGUAAAGGAUUGUGAAAACCUGCUGCAA